GUUACUACAACUACACCACCAAUCAAACUCCACAAAAGAUCGAUCCUUUUUUCUGAAAUUCAAGCUCAACCAUGGCUUCUCUACUUCAUUCGAGACUUCCCCUUUCUCACAAUCAUUCUUUAUCAAAUUCUUGCCAAUCUUUCCCAUGUCAUCUCCCAGGAAGAAGCAAGAGAAGUACUCAAAGAUUAUUAGAGGAAAGGAGCUAUGACAGCAAGAGAAGUUUAGUUUGCCAGUCGGGUAUUGAUGAAGUCACUUUUAUUGAGCCACCUGGUAGUAAAGAAGCUGAAGCGGAGCUUAUUGGGUCUCUCAAACUCAAGUUAUUGAGUGCUGUUUCUGGGCUAAACAGAGGUCUUGCUGCAAGUGAAGAUGAUCUAAAGAAGGCGGAUGAGGCUGCCAAGGAGCUAGAAUCUUGUGCAGGAGCUGUAGAUCUCGCAGCUGAUCUUGAUAAACUUCAAGGGAGGUGGAAAUUGAUAUACAGCAGUGCAUUCUCAUCUCGUACUCUUGGUGGAAGUCGUCCUGGACCCCCCACUGGAAGACUUCUUCCCAUCACUCUUGGUCAGGUAUUUCAAAGAAUCGAUGUACUGAGCAAAGAUUUUGACAACAUAGUGGAGCUUGAAUUAGGUGCUCCGUGGCCUUUCCCGCCUGUUGAAGCAACUGCCACUUUAGCCCACAAAUUUGAACUUAUAGGAUCAUCUACGAUUAAGAUUAUAUUCGAGAAAACUACAGUGAAGACAACUGGAAAUUUAUCACAGCUCCCACCAUUAGAAGUGCCUCGCAUACCAGAUCAGUUCAGGCCACCAUCAAAUACAGGAAGUGGUGAGUUUGAAGUUACCUACAUCGAUUCUGAUACACGAGUAACAAGGGGAGACAGAGGAGAGCUUAGAGUUUUCGUUAUCUCAUAAGUUAAGCUGCAAUGAAUAUAGUCUUCCUACAAUGUUUUGUUGCUACAAUUUCAUGUAACAACAUAUCAAAUGUGUAGAUAUGCUCAACAUUAUUCUGCUGGUCACAGCUAUCAAAUCUGUAAUGCUACUGCAAAUUCAAAUCUGUAUACAGUAAAUUUGACAUC